AUGUGCAGUGAAAAGGCGUCUCCAGCCACACCUGUCUAUGAUGAGGUCUCUCCCCUGCAGUCUCCAGCCACACCUGUCUAUGAUGAGGUCUCUCCCCUGCAGUCUCCAGCCACACCUGUCUAUGAUGAGGUCUCUCCCCUGCAGUCUCCAGCCACACCUGUCUAUGAUGAGGUCUCUCUCCUGCAGUCUCCAGCCACACCUGUCUAUGAUGAGGUCUCUCCCCUGCAGUCUCCAGCCACACCUGUCUAUGAAGAGGUCUCUCCCCUGCAGUCUCCAGCCACACCUGUCUAUGAUGAGGUCUCUCCCCUGCAGUCUCCAGCCACACCUGUCUAUGAUGAGGUCUCUCUCCUGCAGUCUCCAGCCACACCUGUCUAUGAUGAGGUCUCUCCCCUGCAGUCUCCAGCCACACCUGUCUAUGAUGAGGUCUCUCUCCUGCAGUCUCCAGCCACACCUGUCUAUGAUGAGAUCUCUCCCCUGCAGUCUCCAGCCACACCUGUCUAUGAUGAGGUCUCUCUCCUGCAGUCUCCAGCCACACCUGUCUAUGAUGAGGUCUCUCCCCUGCAGUCUCCAGCCACACCUGUCUAUGAUGAGGUCUCUCCCCUGCAGUCUCCAGCCACACCUGUCUAUGAUGAGGUCUCUCUCCUGCAGUCUCCAGCCACACCUGUCUAUGAUGAGGUCUCUCCCCUGCAGUCUCCAGCCACACCUGUCUAUGAUGAGGUCUCUCCCCUGCAGUCUCCAGCCACACCUGUCUAUGAUGAGGUCUCUCCCCUGCAGUCUCCAGCCACACCUGUCUAUGAUGAGGUCUCUCCCCUGCAGUCUCCAGCCACACCUGUCUAUGAUGAGGUCUCUCUCCUGCAGUCUCCAGCCACACCUGUCUAUGAUGAGUCUCCAGCCACACCUGUCUAUGAUGAGAUCUCUCCCCUGCAGUCUCCAGCCACACCUGUCUAUGAUGAGGUCUCUCCCCUGCAGUCUCCAGCCACACCUGUCUAUGAUGAGGUCUCUCUCCUGCAGUCUCCAGCCACACCUGUCUAUGAUGAGGUCUCUCUCCUGCAGUCUCCAGCCACACCUGUCUAUGAUGAGGUCUCUCCCCUGCAGUCUCCAGCCACACCUGUCUAUGAUGAGAUCUCUCCCCUGCAGUCUCCAGCCACACCUGUCUAUGAUGAGGUCUCUCCCCUGCAGUCUCCAGCCACACCUGUCUAUGAUGAGGUCUCUCCCCUGCAGUCUCCAGCCACACCUGUCUAUGAUGAGGUCUCUCUCCUGCAGUCUCCAGCCACACCUGUCUAUGAUGAGGUCUCUCCCCUGCAGUCUCCAGCCACACCUGUCUAUGAAGAGGUCUCUCCCCUGCAGUCUCCAGCCACACCUGUCUAUGAUGAGGUCUCUCCCCUGCAGUCUCCAGCCACACCUGUCUAUGAUGAGGUCUCUCUCCUGCAGUCUCCAGCCACACCUGUCUAUGAUGAGAUCUCUCCCCUGCAGUCUCCAGCCACACCUGUCUAUGAUGAGGUCUCUCUCCUGCAGUCUCCAGCCACACCUGUCUAUGAUGAGGUCUCUCCCCUGCAGUCUCCAGCCACACCUGUCUAUGAUGAGAUCUCUCUCCUGCAGUCUCCAGCCACACCUGUCUAUGAUGAGGUCUCUCCCCUGCAGUCUCCAGCCACACCUGUCUAUGAUGAGGUCUCUCUCCUGCAGUCUCCAGCCACACCUGUCUAUGAUGAGAUCUCUCUCCUGCAGUCUCCAGCCACACCUGUCUAUGAUGAGGUCUCUCCCCUGCAGUCUCCAGCCACACCUGUCUAUGAUGAGGUCUCUCUCCUGCAGUCUCCAGCCACACCUGUCUAUGAUGAGGUCUCUCUCCUGCAGUCUCCAGCCACACCUGUCUAUGAUGAGGUCUCUCUCCUGCAGUCUCCAGCCACACCUGUCUAUGAUGAGGUCUCUCUCCUGCAGUCUCCAGCCACACCUGUCUAUGAUGAGGUCUCUCUCCUGCAGUCUCCAGCCACACCUGUCUAUGAUGAGAUCUCUCCCCUGCAGUCUCCAGCCACACCUGUCUAUGAUGAGGUCUCUCCCCUGCAGUCUCCAGCCACACCUGUCUAUGAUGAGGUCUCUCUCCUGCAGUCUCCAGCCACACCUGUCUAUGAUAAGGUCUCUCUCCUGCAGUCUCCAGCCACACCUGUCUAUGAUGAGAUCUCUCCCCUGCAGUCUCCAGCCACACCUGUCUAUGAUGAGAUCUCUCCCCUGCAGUCUCCAGCCACACCUGUCUAUGAUGAGGUCUCUCUCCUGCAGUCUCCAGCCACACCUGUCUAUGAUAAGGUCUCUCUCCUGCAGUCUCCAGCCACACCUGUCUAUGAUGAGGUCUCUCCCCUGCAGUCUCCAGCCACACCUGUCUAUGAUGAGAUCUCUCUCCUGCAGUCUCCAGCCACACCUGUCUAUGAUGAGGUCUCUCCCCUGCAGUCUCCAGCCACACCUGUCUAUGAUGAGAUCUCUCCCCUGCAGUCUCCAGCCACACCUGUCUAUGAUGAGGUCUCUCCUCUGCAGUCUCCAGCCACACCUGUCUAUGAUGAGGUCUCUCUCCUGCAGUCUCCAGCCACACCUGUCUAUGAUGAGGUCUCUCCCCUGCAGCUGCUCCUGCUGUUGUGUCUCCAGAGAUGCCGUCUGAGCGGACAGACUGCCCAGGUCUCGCUGUAG